AUGAUGCCCUUUAAAAUCAUCGUGGCUGGUGCCAUGAUGUUCUUCUCUCUGGUUCUUGCGUUACCUGAGCCAAUGCCAGUGGCUGUUUCUGAGGCCGUGCCUGCUGUUCUUCCUGAGGCGGCACCUGUGGCAGUGCGCGAAGCGAAAGAGCUCGUGAGUCCUCUCCAAGCUUGCACCCCUGCUGGAGGUAGGUUAUCCGUUCUACAUAUUAUCUCUACAUCACCAUCUUCCGCCGUGCUCCCGAUGGUUUCUGAUGUUGUCCUCUCUAGCGUCGUGCAAAGUAGCUACCCUCUCUUGUUGUUUGGGAUAUACUUGUGUGACUACGGGGGCUCUUUCAGGGACGUGCCAGCUUCUGAUAAAUCUGGCGGUGACGACGACCACCAAAGCGACGGCAAAGGCGACAGCGAUAGUGAAAGUGGCGUAGAGGCUAGGGAAUACAAACAGUUCUGGCGUUGCAUUCUGUUGCCUGAGAUAGUUAAAGGGCUUCUCUGUGUUGUUAUGCGAGGAUAG